AUGGCUGACAUUUCGCGUGAAAUUGAAAAGGAAUUGCGCCAAUGCGAUUCUAAACAUGUGAAAGUUGAGGAGGAGGAGGAGGAGGAGGAGAAGAAGAACACGCCAGGUCCCUUAUAUGACCAGAUUACUCACGUAUUCGAUUACUUAGAGUAUCCGAUUCGCUCACAGCAGAUGCACGUCUACAAGGCCACACUGGGAACAACUGUUGGCUAG